UCGCAGAUCUCCAGUCAGCCCUCUGUUCAACGUCAGCAGACAGCACCCUGGAGCCCACCGGUCUACUUACUCCGGCCGUCCGAUUCCCAACCUGAGCGUUGACGUCUCUGGAAUUGAAUCAUCAGAACACCAUCACAACCACCAAUUCACCUUCAAAAAAAGGAGUCAAAAAAGGAUGUCAACCAGCACGACCACCAAGCCCCCAACCAGGGCGGCCACAACCUCUCGACCAUCCCCACUCACCAAACCCUACCUCAUCCUCUACAACGCCCUCAACUUCACCCUGUGGGCCACCUGCACCGUCCAGGGCCUCAUCCUCCUCGCGACGGGCACGCCACCGCCCCUCAUCUUCCACAAAGUCUACCCGCUCCUGCAGGCCACGCAAUCGCUCGCCCUGCUCGAGAUCCUCCACAGCCUGGCGGGCCUCGUGCGCGCGCCCGUCACCACCACCGCGAUGCAGGUCGCCAGCCGCAUCCUCCUGGUCUGGGGGAUCAUGUACCCCUUCCAGGGCGGGAUUGUCGGGGCUUCUGCGACUGCCACUGCCACCGCCACCGUUGCGGGCGCGCAGACCGGCGACUACGCGUUCCUGGGCUGCCUCAGCGCCUGGGGCAUCACCGAGUGCAUUCGGUAUGGGUUCUUCGUGUGCCAGGUCUCCGGGCUCGGGGUGCCGGCGUGGUGGGCGUGGCUGCGCUACAACACCUUCUACGUGCUGUAUCCGUUGGGCAUUAGCAGCGAGUGUGUGAUGGUGGUGCAGGCGUUGAGGCCCGCGGCCGCGGUGAGCCCCGUGUAUUGGUGGUUUUUGGUGGUCGUGCUGGGGGUUUAUGUGCCUGGCUCGUAUAUUCUCUACACGCAUAUGAUUGCUCAGAGACGCAAGGCUUUGAAGAAGAAAUGAUGGGUCCGCGGGCGUGCUGUGCUGGGCGCUGGGUUUGGGUGGGCCAUUUGGGGGGGCGAGCGAGCGACGUGACCGAGAUUUGCCGGAGAGGAUUCCGCACGGAGGACGGAGUACGGAGUUCAAGGUUGGAGACACUGCAUGUAUCACGCAGUAUCACGAUAAUAAGGCUACGCCGCGCUGCGCUGCGCUGUACUGUUGUGCAACAGUAGCGGUACCUACGGUGUGUGUGUGGCGUUGACUGUUAUGGGAUGUGUACGUUAAGGUUUCAUGAA